GGGGGGAAGCCGGGGUUGUGAUUUGGAGGGUAGCUCUCGGCUCGGGGGAGGAGGGAUGGCGGCGAUCCUGCCGGAGCUGGCGGCGCAGGUGCUCAUCCCGGUGGCGGCGGCGGUGGGCAUCGCGUUCGCGGUGCUGCAGUGGGUGCUCGUCUCCAAGGUGAGGCUCACGCCGGAGCGGCGCGGGGAGGGGGGCGCCGGGAAGAGCGGGCCGAGCGACUACCUCAUCGAGGAGGAGGAGGGGCUCAACGACCACAACGUCGUCUCCAAGUGCGCCGAGAUCCAGAACGCCAUCUCCGAAGAUUGGGGGUUGGUAGAUUGAGCCAAUGGCAUGAUUGAUCGACACAAUUAUCUCUAUCUGCCCGAAUGGUCCUAGCUAAACUUGUUGUUCAGAUGAAGCUGUUAAGCUAAGAUUAUUCAAUGGCGUCCAAUUCAAGCUAUGUGUUGUGUUGUAGCCAGCAAGGAAUUUUUACGCAUUUCGAAAAGUUCAUCUCAUCAGAAUCUGUAUAAUAUGCCCUCUUCCAUGUUGGAAUAUGUUCUUGGCAAGAUGAGAAUAUUGAAAAGGUGAAGCCCACUGGAGUUGUUAAGAACCUAGCUAGGUUAAUCAUUGUGGUAGGGAGAAGAAGACAGGUGCCCAGUUGAGCUGUGCUUGUCAGCUAGUUUCUCCAGAGUUCAGACAUGCUGUCCUUGUUGAUUAAUUCAUGGUAAUGUAAACCUAAUUUGCUCAUGUGAAGUAACAGUACAUUCCAUGACAGUAAAUUCAGAACUAAAUAAAUUGAAUAAAGGAAUGAAAGUCGCCAGGGAACUGGCUGAGUAUACAUCAUCCAUGGUGAUUUGUUGUGAUUAACAGUGUCAGUGUGGCACAAUGAAUUUACAAAGUAUAUAUGUAUCAGUUUCAGAUUCUUAUGAGAA